CCAAUGCGUGCGUGCUCGUGUAUCGACACAAUUAAGUUUAACCUUAACAGUAUUUUGGAAAUAGGCGAUACGCGUCGGUGAGAUAAAAAAAAAACACAUACAAAUAUAUAACGACUUAAACUGGAGUAUAUAAAUACAAAUAUGGAGUUAUUAUCUGUUCGUCAGCGAACAAGUAGGACAUGUUUCUGGAUUUCUUCUUUGGGUCGGAAUAAAGUUGUGAAGUUCCUGGGUGUACUUGUAGUCGGCCUAAUCAUGGGAGUUAGUUUUACCAACAGAUUCCUGCUUGGCCCGCUUCAGCCUACGACGACAGUACCUACCCAGCUUCCCAACCAACCAACAUUUGAUGUGGCCGCCAACAGCAUCACUGUCGUUACGGCCUAUUUUAAUCUGGGAACAUUUCGUAAAGGUUCGGUCAAUAACAUAUUUACGAAGAAUACCUACAACAACUGGAGUGAAGUUUUUAAAUACAUUUUAAACCCAGUGAUUGUUUACACGGAUUCGUACGAAUUUGCUGACAGAAUGAGUAAUAUUCGGAGAAUUAGAAACGAAACAACCAAAAUAAUUGUGAUUCAACGAAAUUCAUCUUGGGCAUUCAAUUUACGAGACAGAAUUUUUGCCAUCUAUUCUCAGAAAGGUUACCCUAAACACUACCCUAACACCGUGUUACCUGAAUAUGCCUGCUCGCAAAUAGCCAAAUAUGACGUCCUCGGUAGGGUCGCACAAGAUAAUACGUUCAACACGGACUACUUCAUGUGGCUUGAAAUUGGCUAUUUCCGGGACAGGACGUCCACUACACCAUUUCGAUUGAAAAGACCGCCAAAUUUCAACGAAACUAUGGUAGCCAUGAAUUUAAUAUUGUUUAACGCAAAUCUUGCAUUGUCACCGGAGGUUAUUUUUAAAAACAAUUUACUGUGGAUCGGAGGCGGUAUCGUCUUUGCAAACCGCUUGACUAUUCUUGCAUAUGAAUAUCAGUUCCGCCAGGCAGUGGAGUAUUUUAUGUCUCUGUCGCUCAUGAACACAGAUCAGCAAAUUAUCUACGCCAUGUUCAGCGUUGAAGGAAGGCGCGUGCUUAAGCCGGCUACUGAGAUCCAGGCGUAUAAGCCACCAACCGAGUACAACUGGUUUUAUCUUGGCUAUCUUAUGCUUCAUGAAGAGUCGCCCUAAAUAACAUGUGCGUGCUGGAAGUGCGUGUAGUUCAGAGCGCAUGGCUGCAGUAAACGAUCGCCGUUAUAUGAAGCUCUAAGCAUAAUAUAACAUUAUUUUAUUAAACAGACACUUUAGAGUUUCUAGACGAUGUAAUAAAACGAUCACCUGUUCCAAUAUAAACUUAACUAUUCGUGUGUGUGAUUUAAGCUAUGUGAUUGGCUCAUUUAAAACCUCGACGACAUUUGACGCGUUUGAUUGAUCGAGUUAUUUGUUCCAAUAUGCAAUUUGAAAUAUGCAUUUUUGUGGUAAUACAAGGAACUGACAAAACCAUCGGCACUCGGUUCACGGGUUAUGACAAAUAACAUUAAAAAAACAAGUUCAUUUAACGCAGCAUAUUGUUUUCCGGUAUUAUGUGACACCAAUGUCAAGAAGAUUGCCGAAUCUGUUAACAUGCCAAAUUUUAUCAUAGACCUUUGAGUAUGUAUUUUUAUCAUUUACUCGUUUAAACAGUGACGUUUCAGUUAAAUAUGCACUUGUGCAUAUUAUUUGAAUAGUGUGAAAACUUGUCUUUACUGCAGACACAAUAGAAAUGAAACCACUAAAUUCGAACGAAAUUUAUUAAAGUGUAUGCAUCAUUC